GUGAAUUAGUUACAAAGUGAAUCGUUGGCGCAACACAGCUGUCAACCUGAGCUGUUUGGCCUUGUUUGUCACAGUGGCCCGCCAACUCUAUCUCGUUUCUUGUCAUCGUCUGCAUCUACAGCCCAUAAUCCUAAUCGACCAUCAUGCCUCCACCAAAAUCCAAAGGAGGAAAAAUGCUAGGCCUCAUCAAUUGGAGGCUCAAAGUGACCAUCAAUGACGGACGCGCGCUGACAGGUCAGAUGCUCGCAUUCGACAGGCAUAUGAACCUUGUCCUGGCGGACUGUGAAGAGUUCAGACGCGUUCGGCCGAAGAAAAAAGCCGGGGAAACCGAGGCACCUGCUGAGCAGGAGAUGAAGCGCACCUUGGGUCUCGUGAUUUUGCGAGGGGAGACAGUCGUCAGCUUAAGUGUUGAGGGGCCUCCGCCAGUUGUAGACGAGGACAAAAAGAAUGCGCUUCCUGUUGGCCCUGGUCGUGGAAUGCCUGCCGGUCGUGGAAUGGGAAUGAUGCCUCCUAUGGGUAUGCCUCCUGUGGGUCGUGCUCCAAUUCCCUUUGCCCCACCAGGCAUGCCAGGCCCCCCUCCUGGCUUCCGUCCUCCUGGCUUCCCUCCAGGUGGAUCAUUCCCUCCACCAGGCUUUGGUGGACCUCCUCCCCCUGGCUUCCAACCACCCCCUCAGUAAAGUUAUUGCUGUUCCUUGUUGUUUGAUCAUAUUUGUUGUGCGCGGAUCAGGUGAAAGCAGGGCAAGUAGUUUUGCCAAAAUGUUCGUACGUUCGCAACAUGUACCUUCGAGACGUCUUAACUCCGAAAGGUUUGUUGUUGUACUUUUUCACUGACAAACCCACAGCACCGUCUCAUAUCGGUUGCCGAAUGGAGUGUUAUCAUAUUGCCGGUUGUAGAAUGUACAAAUUUUGAGAGUUCUGUUUGUAAAGCUGAGUUGCUCUCUAACAAAAAAUAAUGAACUUCUGGAAGCAUGUCUGACUAUCA